AUGGCGGUGGCCUCCUGCCUCUGGGUAUUCGCGUACCUGGUGGUGGCGCGACCGUGGCGGCGGCCGGAUACACCGCAGUCCAGUGUGCAGACGGUGGAUGAGGUGAUGCUACACAAGCCGUAUACUUGGUACAACUGCGGCUCAGCUGCGGUUCGGGGAAGGGCCCUCCAAGCCGUCUAG